AAAUAGGGUCCCGCAAUGGCCGUGGCUGGCUGCUCUCCGAGCUGCGGAGUCGGGGACUGGAGCUGCCCGGGCGGGUUCGCGCCCCGAAGGCUGAGAGCUGGCGCUGCUCGUGCCCUGUGUGCCAGACGGCGGAGCUCCGCGGCCGGACCCCACGGCCCCGCUUUGCUACCGACUGGAGUUUGGGGGAAGAAACUCUCCUGCGCCGCAGAGGUUUUCCUCCUCGGCGAAGGGACAGCGAAAGACAAGGGUGGCAGGAAGAGAAGUGCGCUUUCUGUUUGCCGGGGUCGCAGUGCGGGAGGGCAGUGCCAUGUUCCUCUCCAUCCUGGUGGCGCUGUGCCUGUGGCUGCACCUGGCGCUGGGCGUGCGCGGCGCGCCCUGCGAGGCGGUGCGCAUCCCCAUGUGCCGGCACAUGCCCUGGAACAUCACCCGGAUGCCCAAUCACCUGCACCACAGCACGCAGGAAAACGCCAUCCUGGCCAUCGAGCAGUACGAGGAGCUGGUGGACGUGAACUGCAGCGCCGUGCUGCGUUUCUUCCUCUGUGCCAUGUACGCGCCCAUUUGCACCCUGGAGUUCCUGCACGACCCCAUCAAGCCGUGCAAGUCGGUGUGCCAACGCGCGCGCGACGACUGCGAGCCCCUCAUGAAGAUGUACAACCACAGCUGGCCCGAAAGCCUGGCCUGCGACGAGCUGCCCGUCUAUGACCGUGGCGUGUGCAUCUCGCCUGAAGCCAUCGUCACCGACCUCCCGGAGGAUGUUAAGUGGAUAGACAUCACACCAGACAUGAUGGUACAGGAAAGGCCUCUUGAUGUUGACUGUAAACGCCUAAGCCCCGAUCGGUGCAAGUGUAAAAAGGUGAAGCCGACUUUGGCAACAUAUCUCAGCAAAAACUACAGCUAUGUUAUUCAUGCCAAAAUAAAAGCUGUGCAGAGGAGUGGCUGCAAUGAGGUCACAACGGUGGUGGAUGUAAAAGAGAUCUUCAAGUCCUCAUCACCCAUCCCUCGAACUCAAGUCCCGCUCAUUACAAAUUCUUCUUGCCAGUGUCCACACAUCCUGCCCCAUCAAGAUGUUCUCAUCAUGUGUUACGAGUGGCGCUCAAGGAUGAUGCUUCUUGAAAAUUGCUUAGUUGAAAAAUGGAGAGAUCAGCUUAGUAAAAGAUCCAUACAGUGGGAAGAGAGGCUGCAGGAACAGCGGAGAACAAUUCAGGACAAGAAGAAAACAGCCGGGCGCACCAGUCGUAGUAAUCCCCCCAAACCAAAGGGAAAGCCUCCUGCUCCCAAACCAGCCAGCCCCAAGAAGAACAUUAAAACUAGGAGUGCCCAGAAGAGAACAAACCCGAAAAGAGUGUGAGCUAACUAGUUUCCAAAGCGGAGACUUCCGACUUCCUUACAGGAUGAGGCUGGGCAUUGCCUGGGACAGCCUAUGUAAGGCCAUGUGCCCCUUGCCCUAACAACUCACUGCAGUGCUCUUCAUAGACACAUCUUGCAGCAUUUUUCUUAAUGCUAUGCUUCAGUUUUUCUUUGUAAGCCAUCACAAGCCAUAGUGGUAGGUUUGCCCCUUGGUACAGAACGUGAGUUAAAGCUGGUGGAAAAGGCUUAUUGCAUUGCAUUCAGAGUAACCUGUGUGCAUACUCUAGGAGAGUAGGGAAAAUAGUGCUUGUUACUAUUCGACCUAAUAUGUGCAUUGUAAAAUAAAUGCCAUAUUUCAAACAAAACACGUAAUUUUUUUACAGUAUGUUUUAUUACCUUUUGAAAUCUAUUGUUAUGUUAGUGAUGUUUUAAGAUGUGAUCGAAAAUAUAAUGCUUCUAAGAAGGAACAGUAGUGGAAUGAAUGUCUAAAAGAUCUUUAUGUGUUUAUGGUCUGCAGAAGGAUUUCUGUGAUGAAAGGGGAUUUUUUGAAAAAUCUAGAGAAGUAGCAUAUGGAAAAUUAUAAUGUGUCUUUUUUACAAUGACUUCAGCUCUGUUUUUAGCUAGAAACUCUAAAAACAAAUAAUAAUAAAGAAAAAUAAAUAAAAAGGAGAGGCAGACAA